UUACGCUUAGUGUCUGGUUUCUGAGAAAUAUAAGAACCAGAUAAAUUUGGUUGAAGGUCUAUUUAAAGUUCCAAAAGGAAGUCGUCAAUAAAGCGCGGGUCAGAAAUAGCAGCAGCCUGUUUGCGUAGGAAAAUAACGUGGGCCAAUUGAAAAAUUACCAUUGCAAGUGUGGCUGGGGACUUAUUGAUGUCUUGAGGGUCAUGAGUAACGUUUGUAACACCUUAUUUAUUUUUUUUGCAAUUUCUUAUUUUAUUGUUUUUAUCCAAUAUGGAAAAACUUAAUGUAACAAUCGUUAGACUAUCGUAUCAACAAAAGUUUUCGUGGUUAGAUUACUCUGUUUUCGUAACAAUGUUGUCGAUAUGCGGUGCGAUUGGUGUUUAUUUUGGAUUUUACAAGAAACAGAAUUCAACUCAAGAUUAUCUAAUGGGCGGUAGGAAUAUGAAACUUAUACCGGUAUGCUUUUCGUUAGUUGCUACUUUCAUUUCAGGGAUAUCCCUCUUGGGCACACCUACAGAGCUCUAUGUUUACGGGACUUCAUAUAUAUUUUCAUUUAUCGGUGCUGUUAUGAUGUGUAUCAUAAUUUCUCAAACGUUUAUACCCGUAUUACAUGAUCUACAAUUGACUUCUGCAUAUGAGUAUUUAGAGCUACGGUACGACAAACGAACGAGGUUAUUUGGAUCUGUUUUAUUUAGUGUUUAUUUGAUGGCCUGGCUACCUAUUGUUAUAUACGUCCCAGCAUUAGCCUUCAACCAAGUUACUGGAGUAAAUAUUCACAUAGUUACACCUAUCGUUUGUAUUGUGUGUAUAUUUUACACAUCUUUGGGAGGUUUACGAGCCGUUGUAUGGACGGAUGUCAUCCAAACUGUAGUAAUGAUCGGAGCAAUGGUACUAAUUAUUAUAAAAGGGACUAUUAUAGUCGGUGGUUUAGAAGAAGUUUUAGCUAAAAAUUGGAACAGUGACAGGAUUGAAUUCCCAGUAUUAACUUGGGAUCUGACUGAGAGACAUUCAAUAUUGUCUGUGUCAAUCGGUUCUACAUUCUACUGGGUUGGACUUAUUGCUGUAAAUCAGUCUAUGAUGCAAAGGUUUUUAGCGUUAAAAGAAUUAAAAUCAUCCAAAAGGGCCGUUUGGGGAUUUUUAGGUGGUGUUUUAUUAGUUGUAUUCAUAUGUGGAUACAGUGGUUUGUUAGCAUUUGCAAGAUAUCAUGAUUGUGAUCCUGUUAACUCAAAGUUAGUGCUGGCAAAGGAUCAGUUACUCCCGUUGUUGGUUAUGGAUGUACUCGGUGAUUGGAAUGGAUUGCCGGGUCUGUUCGUAGCUGGUGUGUUUAGUGCUGCACUUAGCUCUCUGUCAACUGGCCUUAAUUCAAUGUCUGCAGUAGUGUUGGAAGAUUUUUGGAAGCCAUUCUUCAGACCUUUAAGUGAUAAGGAAACUCAGAUAUUAGUGAGGACUGUUGUUGUUGUACUGGGCGUCAUAUGCGUGGGUUUAGUGUUCAUCGUAGAAAAACUUGGUUCAGUUUUGCAAUUAACAAUGAGUUUGUCGUCAGCAUCGAUGGGACCACUUGCAGGAAUAUUUUCUAUGGGAAUCUUUUUACCUUUCAUUGAUUCUACGAGUGCAUUAAGUGGUGGCGUAGUGGGCUUGGCGUCAGCGUGGUGGGUCGCCGCCCACUCACAGUUGGCUCAAGCUAAAGGAUUCCUGAGAUUCGACGAGAAAGAAAGAUUUACACAUAAUUGCACCUAUGACUUUGGAACCACAUUUUCACCGGACGUUGAACACGUGGUGGUAUCUUACCUGUAUCGCAUCUCAUACUUAUGGUUCACAGCAUUUGGUUGUACGGUGACUGUGAUAGUUGCAACUCUAUUAAGCUUCCGACAAUAUCCAAGAGUUCAAAGCGAUCAUCAAUUAUUUGCUCCAUUUGUAAGAUCAUUGAUUAAAAGGAAACCGUUUCAGGUGAAGAAAUCCACAAGAUAAAUGUUGCCUUCAAAAUCAUCGAAAUGGUUUUUUCAAGUGUUCACUCUGAAUAUUCCGGACCUGCGAAGUGUUCAAAUUUAUGUUACUGCAUUAGAUUACAAGAAAAUAAACAAAGACAAAUCA